CCGUCUACGCUUUCUCAGCCACAGCAACAAUGCUAUUUCUACAACAGCAAAGACGUCCAUACUCCUCGAAGGCUGCCUUGACUGUCAGUCCCACAGAAAUGGCAGUGGCAGUGGACUCAGCCAGGUGGCUCCUGAGAGAUGUAUUGCUAAAACUCAGGAGAGUGGAAGAAGCACUGUCCUUGGUGGGCAUCCUUUACCUUGGGAAGAUCUCUGCAGCAGCAGCAUGGGAUCUCUUGAUAGGUGUGAGAACUCAUAUCUGGCCCAAGUUGUUCAAGAGAAACUUAACAAAGGAGUAUGGAACAUGGGCAGUGAUUGCUGGCGCAGAAGAUGGAAUGGGGAGAGGCUAUGCUGAUGUACUGGCUGGGAAGGGCAUGAAUGUCCUCCUGGUAUCAGUGACAUAUGCAGACUUGGAGGACUUCGCCCAUGAAAUCAGAAACAAAUACAAUGUACAAGUGGAAGUUAUGGAUGUCAGCAUAUGUAUUGGUGAACUCAACUGUGAUUACAUCAGACGGAGGUUUGCUGGCAAGGAAAUUGGGAUUUUGGUCAAUAAUAUAACAGGAAUGAACUCUGACACAGCCAUAAUCUGUGGGACAGCACAGCCAGACCUGUGGCGACCAUUGGGUGUGGGAGUCGCCUAUGUGCCAGCCAUCACAGGCCUGGUGCUGCCAGCAAUGAUGGGACAACACAAAGGUGCUGUGGUUAAUGUAUGCUCCCCCACAGCAACUUUAAGUCUGUCAAGGUUUCAUGUCUACACAGCAGCAAAGUCUGUUAGGGCUGAGACGGUGCCUCCUGAUGAAGGACUUUUGGAUUUGGCAUUUUUGGGAACCGUUACCCCGAGUGGAUGCCCUUCCUACCCUCGGACCGUAGCCAGGAUUCGAACCCGUGCACCUGAUGACCACUUGGCCCCCAAAGCGUGCGCGGUUCCACUGUACCACGGCGGCUCCCGGAUGGUUUUCCUUACCAGUUAUUCUGAAGUUCUGCGCCAUUCACUCCAAUCCCAUGGCAUAGUAGUGCAAACUGUGCUGCCUGCUGAAAUCCCUCAUAAAGUGACUCACUAUACUGGGAUGUCAGUUCUUCAUGGUGUCUUCAAAUUUGUCACCCCUCAUCAGUCUGUGUUUGCAGCACAUGCUCUUUCAACCUUAGGGUAUGCCCAUAUCACAUCUGGAUACUGGCUGUAUGGAGUUUUGGCAUGGGUGAUGGAGUGCUCGCCUUUGUGGCUGGCAGCAAGCUUCUUUAUCACCAGAUUAUCUGUAUGAAACAUACAUAGCAAUGAUGAAGUAUGCAGCAAGAGACCACUUCUAAAGGCAGACAACAGUUUGAAUGAGACAGCUGCACAGGCAAGCCACCCUUGCGUUACUUACCUCUCCCUUUGCCUCUGCCUCAUCAUAUGAACUAGCCAAACCAUUUAAUGCGAUAUUGCUAGCAGCAUUCAACAAUAAAAAAAAGACAUUAAUUUAAUAUCCAGACAAGUGAAAAGUAUUAAAUGACAAAGAUAAUUUUAAUUUUGAAUUGUACCAGUAACUCUUGUAGCUGAAUCUUACCUACAGAAUAUGGGCACAUCAGAAUGCUUCAUAGGUACUCUAUUGUAAGUUAUGUAUUUUUAAUCAUUCCAAUCACAUGAGUACAUCACUUAUAGAUAUUCAUAGAAGAUAAAUGAUAGGCCAGAGAAACAGAGAGAGGGUGAGAGAUUGAGGCAUCUGAAAUAACCACCACAUAUUACAGUGAAUCAGAAACAGUGUAAUGCUGUAGGUUAUAUUAUAUGCUUAGACCUGUGUGUUUGUAAAGUUUGGUAUUUAAAAUAUCACAGAUGG